CACUUGUUGUUGUGUGCGCGAUAUUGCGGGAGAGAACACAGUCGCGUCGCGUCUGCACAAGCAGCAGCAGCAGCAGCAACAGCUGAUCGUGUAUAACUCCGUUAUAUCUCACUCCCGCACGCACGCAUAUAUAAACAAACAAAAUAUAUAAGUAGUGCGUCGUAAGCAUAUAAUUUGCAAGCGCGCGCGUGUCGAAUCCCAAAAGUGACGUACUUAAAGCCACCGAUCGCCAGCAUGGAGAACAGCGGGGAGAGCGGCGAGGACAGCGGAUCCCUCGGCACCGCGGCCUUCCUGGCCGGCAACAACAUCAGCAGCGGCUACAUCAUCCAUUCCGACGAUAUGGAAGAUGAUCCGGAAAACACGGACGACUCGAAUCACGCCUCGGACCAUCUGCACGGCGGCCACAGCGGCGGUGGCGGCACCCUGCGCGAGCAGGACCGCUUCCUGCCCAUCGCCAACGUCGCCAAGAUCAUGAAGCGCGCCAUCCCGGACGCCGGCAAGAUUGCCAAGGACGCGCGCGAGUGCGUCCAGGAGUGCGUCUCCGAGUUCAUAUCGUUCAUCACGUCGGAGGCGAGCGACCGCUGCCACAUGGAGAAACGCAAGACCAUCAACGGCGAGGACAUACUCUUUGCCAUGACCACGCUGGGCUUCGACAAUUAUGUCGAGCCGCUCAAGCUCUAUCUGCAGAAGUACAGGGAGGCGACCAAGGGCGACAAUCCCGUGCCGCCCAUCAAUCUGCUGCCGGCCGGCGGCGAGGACGGCAGUGGCGGCGGCGCGACAGCGGCGGUAGUGCAGGCCAUCAAAACCGAUCAGAGCCAGCAGUCGGUCACCUACGACGAUCAGAUAUUCACCAUCGCGUCGGCCGGUGACGCGGCCACCUCGGACGCGCCGAUCAUCUACAGCUACACGACGGGCGACGGUAUCACUCAGCAGUUUCAUCUGCAUCAGUGACCCUAAAGUGGAUCCUGUAUAGACGAACUUGAACAAUGAAUAAUGUCGAUGAAGCUAGAGAAGGCGAAGGAUCGCCAACGCUUUUUUUCAAGUAAUAAUAAGGAUAAUAAUAGGUGGUGAUUAACGUUUCAAAGACACAGUGGUGAUAUAAACAAGUGCUUUUUAACGAUUAAGUACUUUUGUAUAAUAAUAAUUAUAACUUAUUUUAUAGAUAAAAAUUAAGACUUAAAUGUACUUUUUUCUCUGAAUAAGGUGAGUUUUGUUUUUAUGACACUCAUAUAGAUUCAAGGUAUGAGCCAAAUUCACUGACUAAUGACACUUUUGAACUAUAUUUAUUAUUUGUAAAAACCCUAUUGGAUUGUAACAAUAUACAUACUCACAAGUAUACACACUCUAAGAUUAUCUCUGAACUGCUUCAGUGAAUAAUUAACUGCGUCACAAAACAGAAAAAGAAAUAAUCUUAGCACUGUACGAAUACAAAGAAAGUUUUGUUUAUUGAAAUCAUGUUGGUAUAAUAUUUAUCGGUAUAUUCUGGUAAAAAAAAUAGGCAUAUAAAUGCGUAUUGCAAAAAGUUA